CUCUAGUACUCAUUAUCUCCCAAGCUCAAAAACUCUCUAAAGGUCUAUCAAUCCUCAUCAUAUAUAGUACCUUUGAUCACUUCCAAACUCGAUCUUAGCUCAACAUGGGUGUUUUCACUUAUGAAACUGAGUCCACCUCUGUUAUCCCACCGGCUAAGUUGUUCAAGGCCUUCAUCCUUGAUGCAGACAACCUCAUCCCAAAGGUUGUACCUCAGGCCAUUCAGGCUUCUGAAAUCAUUGAAGGAAAUGGAGGGCCUGGAACCAUCAAGAAGAUUACCUUUGGCGAAGGCAGCCAAUUCAAGUACGUGAAGCAUAAGAUCGAUGAAGUUGACCACACGAACUUUACAUAUGGCUACAGCAUAAUCGAGGGUGAUGCUUUGAGCAACAUAAUCGAGAAAAUCUCUUAUGAGAUCAAGAUAGUGGCAUCUCCUGAUGGAGGAUCCAUCUUGAAGAGCAUAAGCCACUACCACACCAUAGGCGACCACGAGAUCAAGGAAGAGCAAGUUAAGGCUGGCAAAGAAAAGGCAGCUGGUCUUUUCAAGGCUGUUGAGGGCUACCUCUUGGCACAUCCUGAUGCCUACAACUAAAUUAAGCUUGAUCGAUCGAUCGUGUCUGCUCAAUCAUAAGCAAACUUAUAAGUCGUGGCUUUAUGUUGUGUUUAUAUCAAAUAUUGGUUUUGGGGUUUCUGAUUAUAUAAAAGAGGUUGCAUGCAGUUGUGAUCAUCAGCUUUGUGAUGUUGUACUAGCUAGUUGGAAGAGUUUAAAUUAAGCGAAUGCUGUAUUUUGCUGUUGAUUGAGAUAAUAUAUAUUCUACGUUGCAUUACUUUAAUUAA